AGCGAGGCAGAUGGGGCUCAAGGCGCGCAGGGCGGCGGGGGCGGCUGGCGGCGGCGGCGACGGGGGCGGAGGAGGCGGCGGUGCUGCUAACCCAGCCGGAGGGGACGCAGCGGUGGCCGGCGAUGAGGAGCGGAAAGUGGGGCUGCCGCCUGGAGACGCGGAGCAAGUCACCUUGGCGCUGGGGGCCGGAGCUGACAAAGACGGAACUCUGCUGCUGGAGCGUGGUGGCCGGGAUGAGGGGCAGCGGAGGACCCCGCAGGGCAUCGGACUCCUGGCCAAGACCCCCCUGAGCCGCCCAGUCAAGAGGAACAACGCCAAGUACCGGCGCAUCCAAACUUUGAUCUACGACGCCCUGGAGAGACCGCGGGGCUGGGCGCUGCUCUACCACGCGCUGGUCUUCCUGAUCGUCCUGGGGUGCCUGAUCCUGGCCGUCCUGACCACCUUCAAGGAGUACGAGACUGUCUCCGGAGACUGGCUUCUGCUGCUGGAAACAUUUGCUAUUUUCAUCUUUGGAGCCGAGUUUGCUUUGAGGAUCUGGGCUGCGGGAUGCUGCUGCCGAUACAAAGGCUGGCGGGGACGCCUGAAGUUUGCCAGGAAGCCCCUGUGCAUGCUGGACAUCUUCGUGCUGAUUGCAUCUGUGCCUGUGGUCGCUGUUGGAAACCAGGGCAAUGUUCUGGCCACCUCCCUGAGAAGCCUGCGCUUCCUGCAGAUUCUACGUAUGCUGCGCAUGGACCGGAGGGGUGGCACCUGGAAGCUCCUGGGCUCAGCCAUCUGCGCUCACAGCAAAGAACUCAUCACCGCCUGGUACAUCGGCUUCCUGACGCUCAUCCUGUCUUCAUUUCUUGUCUACCUGGUCGAGAAAGAUGUUCCAGAAGUAGACGCACAAGGAGAGGAGAUGAAAGAGGAGUUUGAGACCUACGCAGAUGCCCUUUGGUGGGGCCUGAUCACACUGGCCACUAUUGGCUACGGAGACAAGACCCCCAAAACGUGGGAAGGCCGUCUGAUUGCUGCCACCUUCUCCUUGAUUGGUGUCUCUUUUUUUGCCCUUCCAGCAGGCAUCCUGGGCUCAGGACUGGCACUCAAGGUGCAGGAGCAGCACCGUCAGAAGCACUUUGAGAAAAGGAGGAAACCAGCUGCCGAGCUCAUCCAGGCUGCCUGGAGGUAUUAUGCUACCAACCCAAACAGGAUUGACCUCGUGGCAACCUGGAGAUUUUAUGAAUCAGUUGUUUCUUUUCCAUUUUUCAGGAAAGAACAGCUGGAGGCAGCAGCCAGCCAAAAGCUGGGUCUCUUGGAUCGGGUUCGCCUUUCUAAUCCUCGUGGUAGCAAUACUAAAGGAAAGCUAUUUACCCCUCUGAAUGUAGAUGCCAUAGAAGAAAGUCCUUCUAAAGAACCAAAGCCUGUUGGCUUAAACAAUAAAGAGCGUUUCCGCACCGCCUUCCGCAUGAAAGCCUACGCUUUCUGGCAGAGCUCUGAAGAUGCUGCAACUGGUGAUCCCAUGGCAGAAGACAGAGGUUAUGGGAAUGACUUCCUCAUUGAAGACAUGAUCCCCACCCUGAAAGCUGCCAUCCGAGCUGUCAGAAUUCUACAAUUCCGUCUCUACAAAAAAAAGUUCAAGGAAACUCUGAGGCCUUAUGAUGUGAAGGAUGUGAUUGAGCAGUACUCUGCAGGACACCUUGACAUGCUUUCCAGGAUAAAGUACCUCCAGACGAGAAUCGAUAUGAUUUUCACCCCUGGACCUCCAUCUACUCCAAAACAUAAGAAGUCUCAGAAAGGGACCGCGUUCACCUAUCCAUCCCAGCAGUCUCCCAGGAAUGAACCAUUCGUAGCCAGAUCAUCCACAGCAGAAAUGGAAGACCAAAGCAUGAUGGGAAAGUUUGUAAAAGUGGAAAGACAGGUGCAUGACAUGGGGAAGAAGUUGGACUUCCUGGUGGACAUGCACAUGCAGCAUAUGGAACGGCUGCAGGUUCAGGUUGCGGAGUUCUACCCCGCCAAGGAGACCUGCUUGCCAGCUGCAGGGGAGAAGAAGGAGGACAGCAGGUAUUCGGACUUGAAAACCGUCAUCUGCAACUACUCUGAGGCAGGGUCCCCUGACCCUCCCUACAGCUUUGACCAGGUGCCCAUCGACAAGGUUGGCCCCUAUGGGUUCUUUGCACACGACCCUGUGAACUUGCCCAGAGGGGGACCCAGUUCUGCCAAGAUGCAGACCCUUCCUUCUUCUGCAAGCUCGUAUGCAGAAAGACCCACCGUCCUGCCUAUCUUGACUCUUCUGGACUCCCGAGUGAGCUUCCACUCCCAGGCUGAACUGCAUGGCCCAUAUUCGGACCACAUCUCACCACGGCAGAGACGCAGCCUCACGCGGGACAGUGACACACCUCUGUCCCUGAUGUCGGUCAACCACGAGGAGCUGGAGCGGUCUCCGAGUGGCUUCAGCAUCUCCCAGGAUAGAGAUGAUUAUGCAUUUGGCCCCAGUGGUGGGUCGAGCUGGAUGAGGGAGAAGCGCUACCUUGCAGAGGGUGAGACAGACACAGACACAGACCCCUUCACACCCAGUGGGUCCAUGCCUCUGUCGUCCACAGGGGACGGGAUUUCUGAUUCCAUAUGGACCCCUUCCAACAAGCCCACUUAAAGGGGUCACUGGCUGACUCCUUGUGAUGUACACAGACUUUGUAUAGCUCCCUGACUCACACCCAACGCAUACAGCGAGGACACCAGUAGCUGCAUCGGAUGCAUGCGUGUGCACAGUGGCCCCGGCCAGCAGGGGUUCUCACGCCUUCUUCCUCCCCAAGUCACCACAACGAAGCCACUUCCUUUCAGCAUGGUUUGCAUGACUUGACACAAUAUAAGUGGUACCACUAGUCUCCUCUAGAAUACACAUUAAUCUACUGUUCUUGCUUUCAGUCAUGAUGGGACCAGUACAGGGAGAGAUUACUGAUGAGCUGUGCUAUGUUUCUUUGGUUGACUGGUUGGGGUUUUGGUUUGGUAAGCAGGGAAUGUAGUUUAAGUUACUUCUAGGAUUACUGCCCCUUGUGUAAAAUACUCCAGGAAUUAACUAUUUUCUAAAGCAAAGAAAUAAUUUUCUCAACAAGAACACAUUGCAUCCCAAUGAGGCUGCCUACCGAGCACACCUGAGGGAAGGAACAAGAUAGCCAUUAAGACUCCAAAAUCAAGAAUUUAAAAAUUAUUUUCUUAAGGAAGAGCCAACAAAAUCAUUUAGAAAUUCUUGAAGGGACUCCACAUACUCUGCCAUUGUUCAGUAUUGUGUCUCUAUUCCCCCAUCUGUAAAAGGCAUUGAUAAUUCCUAUUGUAGCAUUUCACAUGUGUUAUGAACUAGUGGAGAGAAACACACACACACAUCCCACAGACACAAACACAGAAAUCAAGGUAGUUCCCAAUUUAUGUGACCAAAGAUAGUGAAAUUUACUAAAGGCAGGGUGGUUCUCUGAGCCGGAGCCAAGUCUGGUGUCUCCAACUCAUGUUGCUACCCAUGUUAUUAAAAUGAAAAAUAUCCAUGCAAAGCAAAAUUUAGAAUCAGGAGGGCAUAAGCAGAAAGUAUCUUUUCCAAGUUCUCAUUCUUAAAAGUGAUAAAUCUCAGGCUCAGGUUUAGUGACAUACCUAGGGCCACUCCACAGUGCCAUGAGAGCCAGGACUCAACACUCCUGCCUGCUGACUCCUCCGCCUGGCUUCCUUUCAGGACAUCAUUCUGCCAUUUGCAUCCUGGGACCCAGCAGUGAAGCCAAGAUUCUGGCACUCUGUGUUGUGUGGGAAGAAAUCCCCAUAGUUCUUCCUGCAUGAGAGGACAUCUGCUGUUAUUGCAAAGCCUGCAUCCUUGCUACAUUGCAUUUGGGAUACAGAAAAAAAAAAAAAAAACAGUAAUACAAGCAAGGUAUAGUUAUCAAUAUGCAAAUAGGCCAAAUUUCCCAAACUGUCCAAUCUUACUUUUGCCAGUGGAAACACUGACACUGCACAUAAUUGUAAGAUUUUUCUGAAGCUUAAGCAGGCGUGUGAAGUCACUGUUCUGUCCAAGUGUCAGGCACAAGCCUCACUGUAGUCUCUUAGGAGAUGUUGUCAUUCUCUGAAAACUGAUGGGAACGGCUUUUCUGCAGUUCCUAAAUGAUGACACCAUACUGCUACUCUCACACUCCUUCUAUGAUCUCAAGCCCUAGUUAAUGAUGGUUGCCAUGGUCACCCUCAAGAUGAUCAAAACAACCUAAUCAAAUAUCUGCAUACCACUGCAAUCAAGGUUCUGCCUAAUGGUUUUGUGAAGAGCUGUAAUCACCAUGGCAAACAUCUAGUUGAUGGUUUCAUCAGUGACCUGUCCUGAGUUGGAGAGAGAUUUCUCACAAGUUGGUUCUUUUUAAUUCACACACCAGUGGGUCUUGUAAAAAAAGCUAAGAAUAUAGUACUCAUGAAGGCUUGGGCCCUGACUUUGGAAACUUAAACCAAACCCUUACGUCUCUGAACGAGGGCUGCCACUGUAAAUGACAGAAAGGAGUUUUAUGUGGAGGAUCUCAUGAGUGGAUGGGUAUUGAGCCUGAAGUCCAAAACAGGAAGCAUGCAAGAGUCAUUACACACAUUGGACAAGAAGGCCCUCCCCCAUGGUUUUCCACAUGACCUUUCAGGAACUGGAAAGUCAUUUUUCGUCAUUCACCACUUUCCUCAGUAUGGCCUCACUACUGCCAUUGGGGCUAUAUCCUAAGAAACCCUGUGUCUUUCUUAGGGGCCUGGGUCUAGGCUCUGGUCUUCCUGGGCUCUUUAACCAAAAAUCACUGUGCUAUCUAUCUUACAUGUCCCCAUGUUGUUGUUUAUGUAUUUAAAUUACUAAAACAAAAACAAAAAAGUAAACAAAUCAAAAUCUGCACAUACAUACCAGUUAUUCUAACAUAUUAAUAUUUUUGUAGAAUCCAAUAUCAUCUGUGUUUUACAAAUAGAUUCCUAUUUCAGAACUUCAGUAAAAUUCUUGCUUAAGAGUGAGAUCUUAUUCCCAUGCUGAAAUGUUUGCUGUAGACCCAAAAUUAGAUAUACUACCUUAGCUUCUAUUAAUAACCUGCUGAGAAUGGAGCUUGUAAUAUUUCUCAAACUAUAGGGAAGACAUCAAGAUUUUCUGCUGAUUACAAGGUUAGAACAGCAGGAAUCAGAUCUGUGUUGAUUCUCAUUGUCUAGUAAGUUCAGACAAAAUUCUUAGCUCAUGAAUGGAUGAUACGAAACUUAGGAGCUUUUUUCCCAUCUAAGAAAACAAAAAGAAAAACGUGUUCUUUUGGAAUAAUUCUGCCUUAAUGUUUAUUCUUUUCCUCAAAAACUACAUUCUGGAAAAACAAACCAAACACACUCAAGUUGCCUGCUUACCAACCUGACUGGUACCAAAGAAGCACAAAUUCAGAUUCUGAGAGUCAACAUGAGCAAUGGAGAGAAACUGUGUAUGCUUCUACAAAACUUCUCUUUUCAGACAAAGAAGCCACGUGAUGGAUGAAUCCAACAGAACAGACCCCAACAGUGUGCCCCAGGUUUACCGUGUAUACUGGGGGUUCCACAGCUUCCCAAGAUAUCGUUGCAGUGGUGGCCAAAACCCACUGUAAUACUGAUAAAUUAAUUAUAUUAUAAAAAUAGGAAUGGUUUUUUCAGGUAAAACUGUGAUUCCACUAUGCUGGUAUAUAUCUGUUUUUUGUGUGCUUUGACAUAAAAAAUGACAUAUGACAUAAAAAGUUUAAGAGGUGGGGAAAGGGUGUCACUCAGUGUAGAGUAGUUGCCUAGUGUGUAUGAGGUUCUGGGUUCUGUCCUCAGCACCAGAGAAAUUAAUAAAUCAGUAAUCUGGGGCUCAGGAUACAGCUCAGUGGAAGAGUAUUUAUGAGACCCUGGGUUUAAUUCCCUAGGUCCACCCCCAAAUUAAAAAGUCAUAUUUUAACAAGAUAAAAAUGAAUGAGAUAAAUCAACUUAUUAAUGUUAGGAAAAUGGUGACCUUGUGGACUGAGAAAAACUAUUUGAGAUCAAGUAUGAGUUCUUAACCAUCAAAUGCCAGCACACAAGCAAGCACGAAAAGUUUAAGAAAGAAAUUUUGGAGGGCUGGCUGUAGUGGCACACAUCCAUAAUCCUACCACUCAGGACCUGAGGCAAGAAGCUCAGCACAAGCUCAAGGCCAGCAUGGGCUACAAUGAGUUCAAGGCCAGACUGAACUACAUAGCAAGACCCUGUCUCAAAAAUACAAUAAAUAAAAUAAAUAAAUAAAUAAAUAAAGGAACAUUAAAGGAAAAGAAAAACAAUAUAUACCAAACUAAGAAAAUUCUAUGUUGUUUCUUAGAACUAAGAACUCACAGUCAUUAGACAUGACACUUGUAUUAUGAAGUCCUAGUUUCCAUAAAAACAUAGAAAACUAGAAAACUCCAAAGUCUAUAGGUUGAAACUAACUAAUUAAUCAAUAUUUAGGCAUCCUCUGCCUAUCUGAUUCUGCACGGCAUUUCCCAACACUGUAAUACAGUAAUUACUUGUAGAAAAAAUAUAACAAGAUUUACUCAAAAUUUUCUAAAACCAUAUUCAUAAUUCCAUGGUUCUCUAAUGACACUAUAAUAAAGAAAAUUCAUUUGUUUAUUCAUUUGCUAAGAUUUCUUAAACUCCAGUAUUUGCCCGAAACCACGCAACAGGAAUUCGGUGAUUAGAAAGUCACAGAUUCUGCCAUCAGAAACUAUAAAUCUAGUGUUAGAGGUCCCACAGAUGUCAAAGGUCCCCUCAACCUAUGUCAGUGAGGAUGAGAAACACUAUUUCAUCCUAUGAGUAGCUCCUCCAACAGGAAUUAUUCUCAGCUUGGAAGCAUCUGAGGAUUUAACUCUGAAGACAGUGAGAACAAAAACAUUUGCAUCAAAAUGAUGGUGAUCCCAUUACCCCAGAGAAGGCUGAAGGGGUUAAAUGAUGACUUUGAGUUUGGUUUCUUGUGUUGAACUUUAUAGUUUCCAUGCCAGAAGGCAGUAUUUGAAAAAGGUCCUUAGAUAAAUCAGCCUUCUCCUCUCUAAAUUCCUGCCAAGAUGGAGGCCAGACAAAAAGAGUUCUACUUCCUCAUACUAAUCAAGAGAAGCUGUGGUAAAGGUCAUGUCACAAAAUCUGUUUGAAAAGAAAAAGGCCACUCUGCCCGUGAGAACCUAGAUCAACUUCUUUGGAGUCAAGAGAAGAAAUUUGUUUAGGUUCUAAGAAGUCAACUGCGCUUCCAAAAGUGCUGACAAACAUACCCUGAACCCCCCCAAACCUUUGCCAUCUGGAAAAUGCCACAGAGCUGCUCGUCAGUUGACAUUAAUGUCCAAGGUACCUAAGACCACAAAGAUUUUCUUUGUUUUCUGAGCCCUGGGACAUCAUCAGGAUUUUGCUUUCACUUAUGCUGGGAAGCUUGCUCAUUUCAGGAUGAACUUUUUAAAACUAAACCCUUAGCAUUGACUGUGCUUGGGUUACUGACAUUACACUUUUUAAAUCAGAACUGCCUCUCCAGCAAAGUAGUAGUUAGUAACUCAGAUGAUCAUGUUAGAGGCAAGGUUAUAUGUACAUCUUUUGUGGGUUUUGUAAAUUAGUGUGGUAAUAUCAAAGAGACAGAAAAGCUCUGAUGAUAUGGACAAAAAUUUUCACUUGGGGACUUUAAAACGCAUUUGACUCUUCUGGCCUGUUUUGAAUUUCCAGUGAGACCAUCUAUAUAUAAAGCCCCUGGUAUAGCUACUGCACCAUAAUCAGGACUAUUUUUCAUGUUCUUGUUCUAUGAUAUGUGUCAAUUCCACUGCCCUAUGCUGAUGUUAUUUAUUAACUCUAGAUUUACACCAGAAAAUAUUUUUCAGGAAAAAAAAAAGAAUAAUUGAGAUAUGAUUCCAACUAUUAUAUGACAAAAUCAAGCAUUUCCACCACUAAAAAUGAUUUUUUCCAACAAUCUACAGAAGAAGACUACCCCAGUGAAGAAAGCAGGAAGGUUGGAUCCCAGUGGUGGAGCUGUGGAAGUCCCAUUUGACAUAACCAUUGUUCUCUCAAAGGAUGGUUCCUGGGAGGUAAAGCCAAACAGUAGUGAUGAAACAGGAAAGAAUUCAUGUCUUCACAAGUCAAGCUUUGCUGAUAGUCUCUCUAGGGCAAUAUACUUCUGUCCAUUAACAGCCUCAAACAUUCCUGUUGAAAAAUCGUGACUAGUAUUCUGGCAGUAUUACAUAUGGAAGGAGACAUGAUUUCAUAGAUUCUGAGAAUGCUCCCAGCAAAAGGACACCUUGCUUGUCCUGAAGAGUCACUUCUUUUAAAUGAGGGAGCAGAGGCUCAGAGUGCGGGGAAUCACAGCCGUCUCACAGUGAUGAAAUAAGCCACUGAGUAGCAGAGUAAACCUAGAGCCCAGAUUGCUUGGUCCAAAUGCACAACAUAGAUGUUACUGUGAAGCUCAGAAAAUGAAAAGCAAAACCUCUCCAGGCCACUCAAAAAACUGCUAAGCCAGACCUAUUUUGAAGAGUCUUUCCAUCUCUAAGAUUUGAUUGAUGCUGCUAUGUCAUGGAAAUGAUACUGGUCCUUCUCCUAAACAGUUGCUGCUUUCAAAAGCCCUAACAGAAACCUGCAGAUUCUGGGUGCCUUUGAAAAAAGAAAUUCCUUGACCAUGGACACUUUUACUCUCCACUUCUCCUGUCACUCCUACUUUGGCCCUUCCUUGUCCAGCCAAGCUUGGACUGGUUCACUGAUGUGGCCCAUCACUUAGAACCAUUCAGCUCCUGACUCCCCCCUCAGGCUAUAUUCUGAUCUCUACAUCAGUUCAACAAGAUUAUUUAAGAAAAUUGGAUAUUAUUUUGGGGCAAUUCAUAUUACUGAACUUAUAGAUCCUACCAAAAAUGUCCCUUAUCACAGGGAUCUCUGAGCACAGCCCAGCCCUGCUCACUUUGUUCCAGAGAAUCCCCAAAUUAUCCAAGUACUCUAGAGCUUUCUUCAAAAGCUACAAAGAGGAAAACAAGAUUCAACUUCAAACAUCUCAUGUUUUUGUAACUAGGGAAGCAAAAGACCUCUUUGACUCAAAUGAAGCUUCCCAUAGGUGAUUUCCACUUGUAUUUUAGAGUUCUCCACAAUUUGCCAGAACUCCAAAGAAUUCCUUCUUAAACUAGUGUUACGGUCAGUUUCAACUGAAAGCCCCUAAGAGAGUCAAAAAGAAAGGUGGUCAAAUUCUGAGAUGGCAAUAGUCUACCCAGUAAUUUUAGAAACUCUCAUUCUACAUAUGUCUUUUUCCUUCAAAUAGCACUGUUCUGGGAUUAAAACAAAUUUCAAGGGUAAAUAAUGAGGUCUAUACAAGAGCAGCCUGAAAAUGGUUUACAAUUAAUCAUUCAAGAGCCAAGCGAGUGCUUAAGAAUAUAUUUGUGAUUCCUCUUACAUUUGUCAAAUGGGCUGGAGUUUGAAACCUAAAAAGUAAUGAAACUGACAGCCUGUUUCAUCUCAAUGUUCCAUUCUGUUCCUCAUCUACAAGAUGGGGGUCAGGGAAGGGGAGAGAAACUUAUCCUAAGCUUUCUUUGUGAGUGGCAUAUGACAUUAUACUGUUCACUCUUGACUGUUCUAUCUUCAUUGCAAACCCAUGAAGGAGAUAUCAGUGUCUGUAUCUCAGAAUUGAAAGUGAAAAGGUUGCACACUGCAGGAGGAAGAGCUAGUUUUUUAACCAAAAUCUAUGUACCUAGAAGCUUAUUCUGUGCUUUAAGCCACACAGGUCAGUAGACACAUUCCAAAAUCAUGCCCUGUGUUUCCCAGUGUGUGGCCUUCCCCCGUCCCAUUAGCUUUACACAGUUCUGAAUUUCUGGAGAUAAGAAGGAUGUCCAGGUCUGCUGGCUAUUGUACUGGGCUACUGAGAGAGUGGCUUCACAAUUUCUCUGUCAAUGGCAGAAAAUGAUGCCACAUAAAUUAUUCACUUGGUUCAUAUUGGAAUCUAUUAGCUCUUGAAGUUUAGUGGUUGCAGAUAAUCCCACAGAUGCCCUUUAUUCUCUGUCCCCAAGGAUCCUCUGUCAUAACUUUUAACCAAACUAGAUCAGAUGUCUCCAAGUCUCUGGUGGCUGUGGUCUUUUGUCUCUACACUGAGCGUUCGUUUCAGGGCUUUGAAAUUCUGCAGAAACAGCUUAGUCUUCAUUAGUGUUCUCUGGGAGGUCAAAGGCUCAGAAUAAUUGUGUCUUUCUUUCUCAAUAUUAAAAGAUCAAUGGAAACUAACCAGAUCCGGUAAUGGAGCACUUCCUCGCUCCUCUGAAUACAUUUCCAAGGGACAGAGAUGAGCUCUGCUCUCCCAUGUCCCUCUGAGGGUUGAGUACAAGUGGUGGACAAGUCCAAGAUAUGGAGCCACCCUUCUGUCCAGAAGCAGACAUUUUGCUGCUGGAGAGGUAAAGUAGGCCUGUCCAUAUCCUGGAAAAUCACCUUAGCCAGACAGAUGACAUUCAUCCAUUUGUCAAUCCUUCCCUGUUUUAAAGAGAAAAAUGAUCUCCAUCUUGCUUCAGAUGGGAUAGUACUGUCUUUCCCCAUUUUUCUUAUGUAGCAACGAUGGAAAAUGCAAAUCACUGAAGAACAAAUGGAUGUUUUCAGUGACGUGAGCCUGUCGUACUUGAUUUUGGGUUGUAUUUUCUUUAACCCCUUUUUACGGCAUAGAAUUCUGGUGCCUUGCUCCCUGAAUUUGUCUCCAUGCUAAGAGUAGGCUUUCUUCACAUUCUGGCUUACACAGGAACACAACUAUUCCACAAGUGGCCUUUAGUGCUCUUUAUAAUAUGAUUUCCUGUAAUUUUUAAACUGUAUGUGUAAUUUAUAUUCUGGCUCUGUCCAAUAUUUGAACAACUUUAAUAGGUUGAUUUCCAUAUAUAUUAUGCAAAUAAUUCUUACCUGAUUUUUUAUGUUCUAUCUUAAAUAAAAUACUGCACCACUUAUUAAUAAAUAGAUGUUUCAAUGAUUAUGUGGAGGAAUUUCAUUUGCUUUAAAACAGCUUUAUGAAAUUAUAUUCUUUAGUAUAAGUAAUACUGGCUGCUGCAACAGAAAAACUUACAAAUGUCACUGACCUUACACAAUGAAUGUAUAUUCCUUGCUCAAAUCACAGUACAGUGCAGAUUACCUAACUGUCAAAAAGUGAUGCUUGGAUUUGUCAUGGUCUGCGUCAUGCUGGGUCCUCCACUUUAGGCAUAGAGCCAGACCAGGAAGAAGAAUACAAAAAAGUCACCCCAGUUCUAACAUCCUUGAAUUCGAAGUGACUCAUUAUUUCUAUUCAUAUUCUCAUUGGCCAAACUCAGUCACAUGAUGUAGAAAACUUGUGAGGGAUGCUGGGAAAUGUAGUCUCAAUGAAUGCUUUAGAUAUAUUGAACAUGCACUUCUUUUCUCGUCACAGGGAUAUAUGGUUGAUCCUGCUGAUUUCUUAAUAAUAUAAAAUGGUGACAAGAUCUAAUAAAGUGUAAGUGCCCAAGGAAUAAAAUCAGUAAAAUUGUAA